ACGGUAAAGCCCCGCGCUUCCUUGCCAGGUUAUUUCAUCCGGAAACACGGAGAGAGCGUCGGUGUGAGGCGGCGGUGGUGUGUGUCGGUGUGUGAGGGUGUGUGUGAGCGAGCGGGACUGUGUCUGAGGAUGCUUCAGGAUUAUUUACCUCUCUAUAUGCUGUUUUCUCUCUGACUGAGCGCGCGGUACUGACUCUCCGGCCGCCCGGGGGAUGGGUGUGGCGCUGUCCGUCGGUGUACUGCUCGGUAAAAGCCCGGAGCUCGGGGUAUUAUCGCUGUACUGACCUGUUUCUGAGAGCCCGUGCUGUGUGAGGGUGAAGAUGAUGAGGUGGCUGGUGAUUUUACCGGUGAUACUCGCCCCGCUGUGGGUGAACUGUGCGGUACAGCCAAGGUCCGCGGAGGAGCUCCCGAGAAAACAGGAAGAGACUGAGGAGGAGUUCGACACCCUGAGCUCAAUGUUGGCAGAUUUUGAGGUGCUGCCUGCGUCCAGCCUCCAGAAGCAUUCUGUAAGAAAGCGAGAAGUUGAUGCCCAGUCUCAUGUUGAACGUCUGGUCAGCUUCACAGCACUGAAAAGAAAUUUCAAGCUCUACCUCACAAGCAACACAGAGCUUUUCACUGAAGAUUUCAAAGCUGUGUUUGUAGACAACCAAGGCAAGGAGGAGAAUUUUGAGGUCCCACUACAAAAUUACUUCAAAGGACAUGUAGUAGGAGAGGAGAACUCGAGGGUGCAGGCUCAUAUGGAUGGGGACGAGUUUUCAGCCCACAUUCUCACUGAUGAAGCAGAGUACAACGUGGAGCCAUUAUGGAGAGUCACAGAAACAGAACCAGAUGGCCGCAUGCUGGUAUAUCGCUCUGAGGACAUCAGGAAUAUCAGCCGUCUGACCUCCCCCAAAGUGUGUGGUUAUGCCAGUCCUCUGGCUGAAGACUUGCUUCCUGCGGCCGGGGCAGCUGCAGGAACACAGCAAGAUACAGAACCCGGCCACAGAGUGAGGAGGCAAACCAAUAAUCCCAAGAAGAACACCUGCACAUUAUUGCUGGUGGCAGAUUACCGCUUCUUUCGGCACAUGGGCCGCAGGGAGGAGAGCACCACCCUGAACUAUCUGAUCGAGCUAAUUGACCGGGUAGACGACAUCUACCGGAACACGUCAUGGGAUGAUGAGUAUAAAGGCUACGGUGUACAGAUUCACCAGAUCAUCAUUAACAAAUUUCCAACUGAAGUGUCUGCAGGACAGAUCCACUACAACAUGGAAGGCAGCCCACGCCCGAGCUCUCAGCAAAAGGAUGAACAAGUGUGGGAUGUAAAGAAGCUUUUAGAACAAUUCAGUUUGGACAUUGCGGACAAUGCUUCCAGCGUGUGCCUGGCCCAUCUUUUUACUUAUCAAGACUUUGAUGAGGGCACUCUCGGCCUGGCAUACGUAGCCUCUUCCAGAGACCAGGCUUUAGGAGGACUCUGCUCUAAACCUUAUUAUCCAUCACAGUCGGUCAAGAAAGCCAGCUAUCUGAACACUGGUUUAACAAGCACAAAGAAUUACGGAAAGACCAUCCUCACUAAGGAAGCAGAUCUGGUGACCACUCACGAGCUUGGGCAUAACUUCGGAGCAGAGCACGACCCAGACAACAUCCCCUACUGCGCACCAAGUGAUGACCAGGGGGGCAAGUUUGUUAUGUACCCCAUUGCUGUUAGUGGAGACCAUGUCAACAACAAGCGUUUCUCCAACUGCAGUAAGGCCUCCGUUAGCAGGACCCUGAGGGUUAAAAGUCCAGUGUGCUUUAAGCCGAGGACCAGCAAAUUAUGUGGCAACUCUCGUGUGGAGGAGGGAGAGGAGUGUGACCCUGGGCUGCUUCAUCUUAAUGAUGACCCCUGCUGCACGGGCAAAUGCAAGUUCAGAAAGAAUGCACAGUGCAGUGACCGGAACAGUCCCUGCUGCAGCAACUGUCACUUCCAGCAACCAGGGAAGGUCUGUCAGGAGUCCAUCAAUGCCACCUGUAAAGCCAUGUCGUGGUGCACAGGCAGCAGCAGUGAGUGCCCACCCCCAGGUAACCUGCCUAAUGGUACAGAGUGUGUGGACAAGGGAGUGUGCCGUCGGGGAGAGUGUGUGCCAUUCUGUGAAGCCAAUAAAAACAGUCGCUCCUGUGCUUGCAAUGAGACCGACCACUCGUGUAAAGUGUGCUGUAAGGACCAGAACGGUCUCUGUAGGCCUGUUUUUCAGAAUGGAGAUUUUCUGUACCUGCGCAAGGGAAAGCCCUGCACUGUGGGCUUCUGCGAUGGACAUGGAAAAUGCAUGAAGCAAGUCCAGGAUGUUGUGGAGAGGUUGUGGGACUUCAUUGACAAGUUGGACAUCAACACAUUUGGAAAGUUCCUGGCGGAUAAUAUAGUGGGCUCAGUGUUGGUGUUUUCUCUUCUCUUCUGGAUCCCUCUGAGCAUUUUUGUGCACUGUGUGGACAAGAAGCUGGACCGACAGUAUGAGGAAAGCUCCAAGUCUGUAAUUUAUCCCAGUCAGAUGAUGGUGGAAGUGUGUAGUAAAGUCUCAGAACGUGGAGAUGCUGGAAGGGGCUCCAAUGCGCAUUGUCAAGGGGCCUCCAACUCAGCCUGUCUUUUUGGCAAGCCGACCCCUGCCCUCCCAGCACCAGCAGGGACAACCCAGCAGCAGCAUCGUUGUCUCGCAGGCACCAGCCCCGCACGCAGCAGCAGCAACAGCCCACAGUCCUACCGCGGCCUCCGUCGAACCCAGAGCGGAUCCGCAGCGAAUGGACACCAUCGACGAGGACCCCAGCGGGGACUCCCCUCGGGACGAGCCGGGAGACUUCCCCCAAAGCUCGUCAGCCACCAGGUCCUUCGAGGACCUCACCGAACAGUCACCAUCAAAUCGCCUGGACAAGAGACGGCUGCAGAGGCAGGCCCGCAUUGACAGCAAGGAAACGGAAUGCUGAGAGAGAGGGCGUGGCAUCUACCAAUCCCCUAAAUAAACUCGCGCACAGUCCUCAUGCAGUAUCAGUGUUUCUGCACAGCACUCUUAAAUAGGCCUUUGUUGUGAAUUAGUUUGGAGAAAAUCCAAAUUCAGCACAGGUGAAUAUUGUGGCUUGCUUUAUCACGACUUGUGCUCACUUGAAAAUCAAUUAUAGAUGUAGUAACAAUAACAGUAAGUGUAAAUGUGAGGGGACCUUGAUAUUUAAUUGCUGAUCUCUGAUCAAAGUCGUAAAGAGACUUAUAAAAAGUGCCUUCUCCUCCUGUAAUUGAAAAUGAAACACUUGAAAGUCUGCUUCAGGCUGGAUUAUAUACUUCUGCACCGAGUUAACGCAUUGUCUAGUUGCCUAGUAGCAUUGUAGUUCAAGGCUGGUAGCCAGCAUGCUUAGACUGCACUUCUAGACUUCUUUAGCCAGUGUAAUAGUACUUCAACCGUCUCAAAUAUUACAAGAUAUGCUGUGCAGUUCCUGGUAUUGAUUUAGCACACAGCAACUGGAAAACGAAAGCGUAACCGGUUUAACAGGUCUGUUCUGGCACGGAAGUAACCAUUUGAAUCUACUGUGAAAAAGCUGACGUCAAUGUUUUUAUCAGUCGGGAUGAAUAUAUUGGGCAGCAAGUAAACAAGGCAAGCGUGAAUAUCUCAGCCAUUUUAACAAGGAGCAAACUGUGAUAACUAGAGGAUUAGGUCAGAAAAUUGGAUGUGUUUUGCAGUGUUCAGUACUUACCAAAAGUCAUCCAAGAAUCGAAAACCCACCAGAAACCGGCAACAAGGUCACGGGCAGCCAAGGUCACGGGCAGCCAAGGGCUUAAUUGAUGUGAUCCAUGGAAGCUCAACCACACCACACGGCGCACGAGAGGCACCUACUCAAGAAUAAGUGUUUAAUGUUAUGGAAGAUUGGUUUAUUUACCACUACUUAGAUGUGUCCUACUACUCCGGUCUGUUUUGUAAAUGGUUGCACAAUGUUUCAGUAAAGGUCCGCUUUCCAGACAGAUUAAGUUGACUUUAUAUUAAAUAGUAGAGUUAAUAUAAGUCUACGAACAGUUGUAACUCUACAGAGUAUGUGAAAAGAAUGUAUAGACUGGAAACAUAAUGCACAACAAAAUGUGGAUGUGCUCUUUAAGUCCUGGGCCUCCAGAAUCUCUGUGGACUCUUGGCCCGUCUCUUCUGUGGAAGAUGUUGUUACUUUGUUCUAAAUUAUUAUUGAGAAACUCUUUAAAGAACUGGAAUGCAUAAAUGAAACACUGUUGAAUAGUAUUAAUAUAAAUCCACAUAUGCAUAUCAGGAGUGUAAGUGUUACAGCUGAUAUUUUCUGUUCUACACUGUAUUUUUUUGAUGCUGGUUUGGUCUUAAACUGCAUUAAUAUUAAUCUUAAGAUUGGUCUGUAAUGACCAAACACUUAUUUUGUUAUCAAUUGUAUAUUUAUGAUCAAUCACUAUGAAUGGUGUAAAUCUGAUAACGUGCAUGUUUUUUUUUUUUACUCUCAAAAUCUUGGAAUCAAAUGUUGAAGUACUUAUUUAUGAUUUCAUUUAUAUAACAUUGAUAUGAUUUCAUGAUACUAUAUUGCAUUUCUUUACCUACACAGCUAUAACAUAUCAACUGUGCCUUUUUUGUUGCCUGCUGUACUGUAUUUUAUAUUUUCAAUUUUAUAUGUUCAAAAACUCGAUCCCCUUAACACAAGUAUUCAACUUCAUGGCUUGGUAAUAACCGUGCUAUGCAGUCUGUAGCAUUACUGUGUGCCAUAAUACUAAUGAAUGAUCCUGCUAUGUAAAGCUACAGUAGAACAGUGCGUUUAAAAAGACAUCACUUAUUUAAAAAUGUUGAAAUUCGCAAUAUAACUAUUGUAUGGACGUAUAUUGCAACAGCCUUGUGUUUUGUCCAUUUUUUGUGACGACUGAAUCCACACGAAUAAACUGUAUUUGCACCAGG